AUGUACCUUCUGUAUCCUCCUUCAGAUGCAGACUGCUCUAGAUACUACAGAGACCUGGUUUCCACCGUCUUCACUCCAGGGAACUUCCAGGGCUUCGCUCUGGUGAACCGUCAGCGCACCAACCGAAUCUCCAGCGGCUUCACCGUGGAGGUUUCCACCGAGGGCACGCAGCUGUCCUACACCAGCUUCGACUACCUGGGCCAGGAGCCGCACUACUGGCAGCUGCCCGACGCCUACCAGGGGGACAAGAAGGAGUCUUCCUCUGCUCGCGGCAAACGAGCGGAGCAGGUACAGUCCGUCCUGAUGCACUUUAGUGUCUGUUUGGAACUGUUUGCAUGUUAG